AUGGAGAAGGUCAGGCUUUGGGGGUUGGCCCACGAGAAGUAUGUGACUCGACACCCGGCCGCCACGGCCCAGCUGGAGACGGCAGUACGAGGCCUCAGUUACCUGCUGGCAGGUCGAUUCGCCGAUUCGCACGAGCUGUCAGAGCUGGUGUACUCUGCCUCUAACCUGCUGGUGCUGCUCAAUGACGGAAUCCUACGAAAGGAACUUCGGAAAAAAUUGCCUGUGUCACUGUCCCAGCAGAAGCUGCUGACAUGGCUGAGCGUGCUGGAGUGCGUGGAAGUGUUCAUGGAGAUGGGGGCCGCCAAGGUGUGGGGCGAAGUGGGCCGCUGGCUCGUCAUCGCCCUCAUCCAGCUGGCCAAGGCUGUGCUGCGGAUGUUCCUGCUGCUCUGGUUCAAGGCUGGCCUCCAGACCUCACCCCCCAUCGUCCCGCUGGACAGAGAGACCCAAGCACAGCCCCCGGAUGCUGACCACAGCCCUGGCGGCCUGGAGCAGUCAUACGUGGGGAAGCGGUCAAACCGAGUGGUGCGAACCCUCCAGAACACUCCGUCCCUGCACUCCAGGCACUGGGGAGCGCCCCAGAGGGAGGGACGGCAGCCGCAGCCCCAUGAGGAGCUGAGCGUCACUCCUACACCCCUGGGGCUGCAGGAGACAAUCGCAGAGUCCUUGUACAUCGCGCGGCCUCUGCUGCACUUGCUCAGCCUGGGCCUGUGGGGUCAGCGGUCGUGGAAGCCCUGGCUCCUGUCUGGUGUUGUGGAUGUGACCAGCCUUAGCCUCCUGAGCGACAGGAAGGGCCUGACCCGGAGGGAGCGGCUGGAGCUGCGGCGCCGGACCAUCCUGCUUCUCUACUACUUGCUGCGCUCCCCAUUCUAUGACCGCUUUUCCGAGGCCAGGAUUCUCUUCCUGCUCCAACUGCUGGCCGACCACGUCCCCGGCAUCGGCCUGGUCACAAGACCGCUCAUGGAUUACUUGCCCACCUGGCAGAAAAUUUAUUUCUACAGUUGGGGCUGACAGACCUUCCGGGAGCGGGGCUUUGGGAGGGGCAGGACGGCAGGCUCUGCUGUGCUUGGCAGGGGUGCUUCAGCCCAUCAGACCCCUGGGCCCCUCCUCCCUAAUAAAACUGACUCUGGCAGAG